AUGAAAGCGCUGACGGGUGUAACGGGCCGAGCUGGAGAGGGUGUGACAUCUUUGUCGCGGGGUCGUUCCCACCGGGAGUUCUUCAUGAUUUAUCGUCGUGGUGGCCAGGGUGCAGCUCGGAGCGGCGCACCGCAAGAGCUUACAGCAUCUACUGUAACGAUUAAAGUUCCAUAUAGGGUCAACUACGGCGAAGUGCUUCGGGUUGUUGGCUCUGGCAAAGUUCUCGGAGACUGGUCCGCUGACCGGGGGCUCCAGCUCAUAUGGACCGAAGGCGAUGUGUGGACCGUCCAGGUGCCCAUCAGCGCGGGCCACUACGAAUUUAAGUGCGUUGUAUACAACCAGGCGACCAAAUCUGUUGCGCGAUGGGAGGACGGCGGCAACCGCAUUUUGGAUAUUACUCGAGAGCUUGGCACCUGGGAUGUGUCGUGUCAGUGGGGCGCAACCGCCGGUAUGACCUCAACGUUUAUUCCUAAGCCGCAACCGCCGCUCCCUGCCGCUUCUGAGCUGGAGCCAACUGCAACAGAAGCGACUACGUCAGGAGACGGGGUUGCGGCUGCGGAGGAGGAGCUCUCAACACUCAUGGCGUUGUCCGAAACAGGAAUCGAUGCGAACAAGGUCGACGACGUGGCCUUGCAAGUUGAAGCCGUGCCGCAAGUGGCGUCCGUGGAUGCUCCAGCGCGAAGUAGCGGUGAUGCCGCCGACACCGCUGUCGCCGGCACCUCUUCCUCCUCCUCCACCGGCGGCGGCGGCAGCGCUGCACUCCUGCUCUUCGCGACGGUUGCUGCAGCGGGCGCGGUGGCGGCAGUUGCGUUCCUGGGGCCGAGCGGCCUGGACAAGUCUAUUCUUGGGGCUCGGGCGGGAGUGGCGGUCAGCACCACCUUGCAACAGUCGUCCCUGGCCGGGGAGCAGGUGCGUGCGCAGCUUCAGUCCCAGCUGGCGACGCUGGCGGGACACGUGUCAGCGGUGCAGCCGACGGUUCAGGCGCAGAUGGAUAAUGGUGAUGCUGAAGAAGCAGGUGAUGUAAUAAGGCCUGUGACAGCAGGCACUGAUGUGCUCGAGGAUGGAGGUGUCGGUGACGAGUAUGGAGAUGCUUCGAGGCCCGUAACAGCUGGCGAAAGCAACUUUGCUGAGGGUGAUGAGGGGGCUGCCGGAGGGGACGCUGAGCCAGACGCCGAGGACAGGCCACCGUCCGCAAGGCCCGGUUCCGCAAGGCCGCAAUCUGCCAGGCCCGAUUCAGCCAAGCCCGAGGCGGCGCGGCCGCCGUCCGCAAGGCCGCCCUCGGCAUCCCCCGAUGCUGCUCGGCCGCCGUCCGCAAGGCCAUCUUCCGCCCGGCCGUUUUCUGCGAGACCUGCGUCUGCAAGCGCAACCCCGCCCGCUGAUGGCCAGUAUGCAGCCCAAGCGGAGGGCGCUGAGGUGGAGGCGGAAGGAGGGGAUGGCCCUAAGCCCACUGACGACACUGGGGCAGAUGCUACUACGCCGGAAGCCGAAGAAGACAAGGGCGCAGGCGCAGGCGAGGGUUCCGGUGAGGAGCCACAAGGCUCAAACCAUAGCCACCACCCUGAUGUGAUCACCGAUAUCAACCAGAGCCCCGAGGCGCGUGCAGAGGUGGACGAGAUAGCGCAGCAGCAAGCGAAAGAGGUAUGCAUGUCGAAGGCCGACCAAGGCUUAUCGGAUAAUGUCUUCCUGCAAGCCAAGGUAAUUCGCUCGCGCCAGAGCAGUGCCUGCAGCGUGCGUAAGGCUGGUGAGGAAGAGAAGCGCCGCAGCUCCGCCAGCAACACCAGCGUCAGGUCUGGACCCCCCUCACGGCAGGGCCCAGCGGAGUCGCUGGCCAAUAUGGCGAUGCAGCCGCCCUCGCCCUCCAAGAUCAAGACUGGACCCUGGCUUACGGGAACCUACCGCCUGCCGAAGUCGGGCAAAAUCAUCACCGGCGAGGAGCUGUGCGAUGCUCUGGAACGGAUGACCAACGCCUACAUCGACAAAUACACUAGGGAAAAGGGCCCAAGCCUCACCAAAGAGAUUGCGCCAGGUGCCGCCACUGUGUUCAACACGAAGAGGCUGAGCCAGGACGAGUACGACACCAUGAUUGCCCGCCUGUAUAAGCCGAAGGACCGCAAUGUGGCGGACGGCGACCGAAUCCAGCUCAUCACGCUCCGAUUUGGAGACGACGGCCAGGAGCAAUGGGUCCCAGUCAAGACGGUGAGCGCCGAGGAGCAGCAGGCGUACAUGUGCGAGUUGUACCAGCGCUGCUUGGACAACCGUAAGAAGACGAAGGAGGAUUUGGCGGCCAAAUACCUGAAACCUUUGGGUCCUCCCCGCAAGAAAUGAAGUGUAGAUGCAUGGUCCUGGAAAGAUGACUUCGGUGACCUGUCCAUACAGGACUUUUCCAGACUGUGCCACGAAGAAUGUUUUUUUCUCCUUUCGUCGCUUGCAGAGAUGGUCUGUUUUGGAUACGGUGUCGAAAAUCACAUCGUUUAGGAGCGGCGUUACAUAUUAUGGAUAGCGGAAUAACCCUAGUUACGGUGGAGGUGACAUGAGGUGUGUCGUACGAACUGGGCAAAUCCCCGUGAGGAAGCGACUAAUGGCAGGUGGCACGUCUCUGUGUCUGAAAUGCAAGGACUCUGGCGACCUUUGUGAUGCGCCUAAAGUAUGGCGCUGAAACUGUUAAUUGUGCGUGUAACGACCUACAUUGAAGC